AUGUCUGGCGAAGAUGCGGGUGUUGCUGCGGAAGUCGCAGCGAUCAUGUCCAAAGAAGCAGAUCAUAAAUCACAGUACGAAAGGCUGCUGGCACUGAUGGAAAAAGUUUUCCCGCAAAAGAUCAGCACUGAAGCAGAUGUAGUACCGCUGGUGACAGUAAUGAAAUCAGUUAUUGCGAUUGAAGCCGGAAGUCAGGUGGUAUCAAGACAGCUAAUUACUGCUGUUGUAAGCAAGGUAGAGUCGUACAAAUCGGAUGAGAAAUCACUAAGGAUCUUGGCCGAAGCUGUUUUGGGUGUUCUCGACACGACCAGUAUCGCUUUUGAUGAACAGAAGUGCACCAUUCGUACCAUUCUGGCUGGUUUGCACGAGGGAGCUGGUCGUUUCGUAGAAGCUGCAGAAACCUUGAAGAAGAUCUCCACUGACAGUGCGCAGAGACCAUGCUCCCCUGCCCAGAAAAUGGCUCUUUACCUCCGUAUUGGCCGUUUACUGUUGGAUAGCGGUGACUGUGCUGAGGCUGAGCAGUACGUGAACCGAGCUAGCUUGUUACAGACUGAGAAAGAUUGUGAGAGCUUCAAUGUAGAAUACAAGGCGAUUUAUGCUCGGGUGUUGGAUGGACGGCGCAAGUUCACCGAUGCUGCGCAGCGCUACCAUGAACUAUCCUUAGUUAAUGAUUUGCCUGAAGCUGAUCAGAAAACAGCGCUUUCGCGGUCUAUCACAUGCACAAUUCUUGCUGCCCCAGGUUCUGCUCGAUCUCGAAUGUUGAACACACUCUUCAAAGAUCCGCGUGCUGCCCAGCUUCCAUCGUUUCCUCUUCUUGAAAAACUGUACUUAGAUAGACUGAUCAAAGCUAAUGAGCUUGUGGAAUUCGAGCGAGAGCUGCAACCUCAUCAGAGAACCAAUGAGCAUGGUCAGUCAAUUGUCGAAGGAGUCAUUGUUGAGCACAACAUGACUGCUGUAUCGAGACUUUACAAUAAUAUCGCUCUGCCGACGCUGGCUGAGCUGUUGGGAAUCUCUGUGGAAAAAUCUAGUGAAUUGGGUUGUAGUACAUGUUUGCUACACUACAACGAGCGGAAAGAAUUGUUAGGAUGUGCUGAAUAG